GGGCGGCGCUAGGACCGAGCGAGCGGAGGGAGCGAGCCGGGCGGAGCCAGCGCCCCCCGCCCCCCGCCGGCCGGCUCCCCUCCCCCGGCCGCUGGCUCGCUCGGCUCGCGACGCUGCAGAGGCUCCGAGGCGGCGGCGGCGACUCCCUCUUUCCCUCCCUCCUCCUCCGUCCGCCCGUCCGUCCGCGCGUCUGUCCUUUCGACCCAGUCCGGCCUGAAGCAUGGCCGGCGUCAGCUUCAGCGGCCACCGCCUGGAGCUGCUGGCGGCGUACGAGGAGGUGAUCCGGGAGGAGAGCGCGGCCGACUGGGCUCUGUACACAUAUGAGGAUGGCUCCGAUGACCUCAAGCUUGCAGCGUCAGGAGAAGGGGGCUUGCAGGAACUUUCAGGCCACUUUGAGAAUCAGAAGGUCAUGUACGGCUUCUGCAGCGUCAAGGACUCCCAAGCUGCUCUGCCAAAAUACGUGCUCAUCAACUGGGUGGGUGAAGAUGUGCCUGAUGCCCGUAAGUGCGCUUGUGCCAGCCAUGUGGCCAAGGUGGCUGAGUUCUUCCAGGGUGUCGAUGUGAUCGUGAACGCCAGCAGCGUGGAAGACAUCGAUGCAGGUGCCAUCGGGCAGCGGCUCUCCAACGGGCUGGCGCGGCUCUCCAGCCCCGUGCUGCACCGGCUGCGGCUGCGAGAGGAUGAGAAUGCCGAGCCUGUGGGCACCACCUACCAGAAGACAGACGCAGCUGUGGAAAUGAAGCGGAUUAACCGAGAGCAGUUCUGGGAGCAAGCCAAGAAGGAAGAAGAGCUGCGGAAGGAGGAGGAGCGGAAGAAGGCUCUGGAUGAGAGGCUCAGGUUCGAGCAGGAGCGGAUGGAGCAGGAGCGGCAGGAGCAAGAGGAGCGUGAGCGGCGCUACCGGGAGCGGGAGCAGCAGAUCGAGGAGCACAGGAGGAAACAGCAGACUUUAGAAGCGGAAGAGGCCAAGAGGCGGUUGAAGGAGCAGUCCAUCUUUGGUGACCAUCGGGAUGAGGAGGAAGAGACCCACAUGAAGAAGUCGGAGUCAGAGGUGGAGGAGGCAGCAGCCAUUAUUGCCCAGCGGCCUGACAACCCACGGGAGUUCUUCAAGCAGCAGGAAAGAGUCGCGUCGGCCUCUGCGGGCAGCUGUGAUGUGCCCUCGCCCUUCAACCACCGACCAGGUCGUCCGUACUGCCCUUUCAUAAAGGCAUCGGACAGUGGGCCUUCCUCCUCCUCCUCUUCCUCCUCUUCCCCUCCACGGACUCCCUUUCCCUAUAUCACCUGUCACCGCACCCCAAACCUCUCUUCCUCCCUCCCAUGCAGCCACCUGGACAGCCACCGGAGGAUGGCGCCCACUCCCAUCCCCACGCGGAGCCCAUCUGACUCCAGCACCGCCUCCACCCCUGUUGCUGAGCAGAUUGAGAGGGCCCUGGAUGAGGUCACAUCCUCACAGCCUCCACCACUGCCACCACCACCCGCAUCAGCCCAAGAGACCCAGGAGCCCAGCCCUACCCUGGACAGUGAGGACACCAGAGCAGCAGACCCUCAGGCCUGGGCCGGCCCCAUGGAGGAGCCCUCCCAGGCACAGGCACCUCCCCGGGGGCCAGGCAGCCUUGCAGAGGACUUGAUGUUCAUGGAGUCUGCAGAGCAGGCUGUCCUGACUGCCCCUGUGGAGCCUGCCAUAGCCGACACCACUGAGGCCCACGACGCAGCUGACACCAUUGAAACCGACACUGCCACUGCUGACGCCACUGUUGCCAACAAUGUACCCCUUGCCACCACCAGCCUCAUUGACCUAUGGCCUGGCAAUGGGGAAGGGGGCUCCUCACUCCAGGGCGAGCCCAGGGCCCCCACACCACCCUCAGGUACUGAGGUCACCCUGGCAGAGGUGCCCCUGCUGGACGAGGUGGCUCCGGAGCCACUGCUGCCAGCAGGCGAAAGCUGUGCCACCCUUCUCAACUUCGAUGAGCUGCCUGAGCCGCCAGCCACCUUCUGUGACACCGAGGAAGUAGAAGGGGAGCCCCUGGCCACCCCCCAGGCCCCAAUUCUGCCCUCGGCCCUUGAGGAGCUGGAGCAAGAGCACAAGCAGGAGCCAGAGCCCCACCUGCUGACGAAUGGCGAGACCACCCAGAAGGAGGGGACCCAGGCCAGUGAGGGGUACUUCAGUCAAUCACAGGAGGAGGAGUUUGCCCAAUCGGAAGAGCUCUGUGCCAAGGCUCCACCUCCUGUGUUCUACAACAAGCCACCAGAAAUCGAUAUUACCUGCUGGGAUGCAGACCCAGUUCCAGAAGAGGAGGAGGGCUUCGAAGGUGGUGAUUAGCAGUGGCGCCAGCCCUAGGCUGCCCUUGCCAAGGCCGCCCACCUGCAUCGGCCUCUGGCCAGACGGCCUGCCGUGCCUGCAUUCGCAGCAGCUCCGCCUGGCACCCACUCUGGAUUCCGGCCCUGGCUGGGGACUUGGCUGCUUCCCUACCCACAGGGCCUGACUUUUACAGCUUUUCUCUUUUUUUUAAAGUUGAUAGGAGACUUGUACAGUUGACUGGUUUUCCUCCCGUUGGUAGUUGAGACGCUGUUGCAAAUUCCACUCCUCCUUCCCUGGUCCAGAUUGUAGCUGUUAGUCCUCCCUGCUCAGCUGGCCGGGGUGGGGGCCUCACCCUGCUUGGGGCCUGGUGUGGGGGGAGCUCCGGUGGGAAAAUGUUCUCCACCUCUUUUCCUAGUUUUAUGUUUCUUGGAAAAAUAUCACUUUGUAUUCUCCGUCCAGGGCUUCAGAUAUUUUGCACGAAUUUUAAAACAUGGCAAUAAAUGGCUCGUGGGCUCUGGCUCCCUGGGACCCCC